UAACUUUGAAAGCGCCCAUGUCGAAUACCGUCUCAAUGAUAACAAAUUUUUUGACCGGCUUUUUCAUAUAAACAUUUGAGGAUUUAAUUUAUAAUAUCUUUGAUGAUUAUGCAAAAAGAUUCAUAUUGUUUACUCAUCAAGUUGAUUUACAUUAAAUAAUAUCAUAACUAUGUAUUCUUUAAUACAUAAAACUGAAAAUGCCCAUGAAGAUAGUAUUUGGACUUGUGCUUGGGGUCGACCAAAGAAGAAAAAAGAUGCCCGCACAGACGAAGAUUCACGAGAUUCAAUUCAGUCGACUGCUGAAGAAACAACAGAAUAUGUUGUCACUGGUUCAGUUGAUGAUUUAGUAAAGGUUUGGGAACAAAAAGAUGGUAGCUUGAAAUUAAAACAUAAAUUAUCCGGCCAUUCACUUGGAGUUGUAUCCGUUGCUAUAAGUUCCGAUGGCACAAAGUGUGCAUCAAGUUCCCUAGAUUCAAGUUUAAGAUUGUGGGAUUUAGAAUCAGGAGAUAAAAUUUCUAGUAUUGAAGUUGGCCCGGUUGAUAUUUGGACUGUUGUAUUUUCACCUGACGAUAAGUUUAUAGUAUCAGGAAGUCAUGCUGGUAAAAUUCACAUGUAUGGAACAGAGAGUGGUAAACAAGAACAAUCAUUAGAUACAAGAGGAGGGAAAUUCACUUUGAGUGUAGCCUAUAGUCCUGAUGGAAAAUAUAUCGCUAGUGGUGCCAUUGAUGGAAUAAUCAAUAUUUUUGAUGUUGCAUAUGGAAAAGUUUUAAGAACUUUAGAAGGUCAUGCAAUGCCUAUUCGAUCGCUCUGCUUUUCUCCGGAUUCACAAUUACUCUUAACAGCCUCUGAUGAUGGACAUAUGAAACUUUACGACGUAAAAGAUGCAAAUGUAGCUGGAACGUUAUCAGGACAUGCAUCUUGGGUUCUUGGUGUAGCUUUUGGUCCUGAUGGUCAAAAAUUUGCUUCAAGUAGUUCUGAUCAUACAGUUAAAAUUUGGGAAUUAGCACAACGUCAAUGUUUACAUACAUUUAAUGAACAUAGUGAUCAAGUUUGGGCAGUAAAAUAUCAUCCUGAAAAAAAUAACCUUGUUGUUUCCGUCUCAGAAGACAAAUCAAUUAAUUUGUAUGAAUAUCCUCAGUGAUAAAAAAUAAUGAUUAUAAUGACUAAAACUAGAAAAGUGACAUUAAAAACUAAUUUUUAUAUUCAA